GUUACCACGUGGCAUGAUUUAACCAAUGUAAACUAUCAUUGUUGGCCGUACACAGCCUCUGCGUCUAGUCCAAUACCCUUCUCUUCCUGUCCGGGUAUUGAUAUAAGAUGGAUCAUAGAACCCCCAGAUGACAUCAAGGUUGAGCAAUAUUUUAAUACAAGCUAUGAAUUGAUUCUACAUCCUCAGUUUUACCCCUGGGCUAUAAGCCAGAGUAUCUUUGAUGCUGCAAACGGAACUGGUAUCAGUGACCCAGCUGAAGCCCAACAAUGGUGUGAGACGGUGGUGUGUCCGUCAGUCCAGAAAUCCACUCCAGAUAACUGCUGUAUUCAUCAUGUCAAUGUCCAUUCCUGUCCGCUAUCAGAGAAAGAUUCUGUUAAAGAUGGUCUAUGUGGUCCAUGGAUUCCACCUUCCGGUUCUAUUUUCACCCAUUCCCAGGUAAUGGUUGGUCCUCCCACCACAGGAAACUGGACAAGUCUAGUUGCUGGUUUAUAUACAGAAGGACAUACGUCUAUCAUUGCACAUUUUAAAGUGGCGAAGAUGCACAUUGCAGUAGAGAAAACAGUCCAUGUUCUACCGAAAACUGUUUGUGGUGAUGAACGCUGUGAAGAUGAUGAAGGUGAAGACUGUUUGACUUGUCCUAAAGAUUGUGGUUCAUGUCCAUUAACAGACUGGGAAAUUGCUCUGAUAGUUGUAGCUUUGGUUAUAUUAGCCGUUAUAUUUAUAAUUAUCAUAGCGUACUUCAGAUAUCAGCAAAGAAAACUAUUAUGGGAUGAAAGUUGGAUCAUCUCAAAUGAUGAAAUAAAAGAAGAUAUUGGGUUACGAGGGAUGUUUGGAAGUAUGUUGACAGUCAACACGUCAGAUAGUAGAAGCAGUGUGAACACUUCAUCUAUGUCAGAUUCCGCUAGGCGUAGACAGAUAUUUGCUAAUACAGCAAUUUAUAAAGGACGAACGGUAGCCGUAAAGAAAAUUCAGAAGAACGACUUCAAACUUUCUCUUGAGAUUAGAUCAGAAGUGAAAGCCGUAAGAGAAAUGGAUCACCCUAAUUUAUGUAAAUUUGUUGGUGGAUGUAUAGAUAUUCCUGAUGUUGCUAUAGUAACAGAAUAUUGUCCUAAAGGUAGUUUAAACGACGUAUUGCUGAAUGAUGAAAUACCCCUCAACUGGGCUUUCAGGUUUUCACUGGCAAGCGACAUAAGUCGUGGGAUGAGUUACCUACACAGUCGGGGUAUGGUUCAUGGUCGACUUACAUCCAGUAAUUGUGUAGUAGAUGAUAGGUGGACGGUAAAAGUUACUGAUUUCGGUCUACCAACAUAUCGAGCAGUUGAUGUAACAUGUGAUGAGGACAAACAAGAACAGGUUUAUAAAGAAACAGCUAGAGAUGUGUAUAUUGCACCAGAAAUCAGAAAGGGUGUGACACGGUCGAGCUGUCCUGGAGAUGUAUACUCAUUUUCCGUCUUACUGGUGGAAAUAGCAAAUAGAAAUGAUCCAUAUGGGGAUGAAGAUAGAAGUGUCCUACCAGGGGAUUGGAAACCACCUCUACCAGAAGAAGAUGCAACUGUUGAUAAAGAGAGCCGAUGUCCUUGUCCGUUUGAAUAUUGCUCGUUAAUAAAAGACUGUUGGAAUAACGAACCAGAGGAAAGACCAACUUUUGACACCAUCAAGAAAACUAUAUAUAAAAUAAACCCUAAUAAACUCAGUGCUGUCGAUCUCAUAAUGCAUAUGAUGGAAAAAUACUCGAAGCAUUUAGAAUCCAUAGUUGUUGACAGAACACGUGAUCUGGUGGCUGAGAAACAAAAAACUGACAAAUUAUUAUACAGUAUGUUACCAAAACCAGUAGCGGAUCAGCUGCGACAAGGUACCGUGGUAAACGCUGAAUCGUUUGAUGAAUGUACCAUCUACUUCAGUGAUGUGGUAGGAUUUACAACUCUCUCGGGUAAAAGUACUGCUAUGCAAGUUAUUGCCCUGCUAAAUAAACUCUAUACAACUUUCGAUGAAAUUAUAGACCAGUUUGAUGUGUAUAAAGUUGAGACUAUAGGUGACGCUUACAUGGUUGUAUCUGGUGUUCCGAUAAAAACAGAAUUCCACGCCCGAGAGAUCAGCAAUAUGUCUUUAGAAAUAGUGGCAGCGUGUAAAAAAUUUGUUAUACCACAUCUUCCUGACGAACUAUUACAGAUUCGUGUUGGCUUACAUUCAGGUCCAGUAUGUACUGGUGUAGUUGGGUUAAAGAUGCCUAGAUAUUGUUUAUUCGGUGAUACUGUUAAUACAGCUUCUAGAAUGGAAUCAAACGGUGCAGCUUACAGAAUCCACAUCAGUUCGUCAACACAUGACCAUCUAGAGAUGAUAGGAGGUUACAUUUUCGAGUGUAGAGGAGCCAUACCCAUAAAGGGAAAGGGUGAAAUGGUCACUUGGUGGCUUCUAUCCAAAACACCAGAAAUAUCAAGUUCAUCCGGAAGUAAUUUUUCCAUGUCUACACAAGGAAGUAGACCAUCAUCAGCAUUAUCAAGUCAUUCUAAAACAAAAUUAGUUUAUGUUCAAGAAUCGGGUACCGUUUUAAGCGUAGUUAUAUUUUUUAAAUAUUGCCAAACAGGUCUUGUAACAUAA